UUUUUUUUUUUUACUUUCUUUCUUGACGACAAUAUACACAUAAUCUGAACCAACAUGAUGGAAGUAGAUCCAGCACCUAUCAUCACUUCAAAGGAUAAAGGAAAAGGAAAAAUGGUGAUUGGAGAGUUGGAUACCUUACCUUGGGUAGAGAAAUAUCGACCAGAACAUUUGAAGGAUCUAGUCUCUCAUGAAGAAAUCACAGAAACACUCAAAACAUUUAUUGAACGAAAUCGCUUACCUCAUUUAUUAUUUUAUGGACCACCUGGUACCGGUAAAACGUCAACUAUCAUGGCUUGUGCACGGCAGAUCUAUGGCGACAAAUUCCGGUCAUCGAUUCUUGAAUUGAAUGCGUCGGAUGAUCGUGGGAUUGAUGUUGUACGUGAACAAAUCAAAAACUUUGCUAGUACUCGAACUAUUUAUAGUUCUGGAUUCAAACUGAUUAUUUUGGAUGAAUGUGAUAAUAUGACUCAACAAGCUCAAUCAGCUCUACGUCGAGUGAUUGAAAAGUAUACGAAAAAUGUACGAUUCUGUAUUAUAUGUAAUUAUGUUAGCAAGAUCAUUCCGGCUAUUCAAUCAAGAUGUACAAGAUUUAGAUUUUCACCAUUAGAAUUGGAACAAGUGGAAAGUCGAUUAAAUUAUAUUGUACAAGAGGAACAUGUGAAUUUGACAGAAGAUGGGAAAUCGGCUUUAUUAAGAUUAUCAAAUGGGGAUAUGCGUCGUGCUCUCAAUAUUUUACAAGCUUGUCAUGCAGGAUAUGAUCGUGUGGAUGAAACAGCAAUCUAUAAUUGUACUGGUAACCCUCAUCCUGGACAUAUUGAUUCGAUAUUAGAUUCUAUGCUCAAAGAUGAAUAUACAACUGCUUAUCAAAAGGUGGAUAGAUUGAAAAAGGAAAAUGGUUAUGCUUUACAAGAUAUUAUUACGGAUAUUUAUGAAAAACUUCAACAAGCUGAAUUACCAUCUGAAACAGAAAUCUCAAUGAUUGCCAAGAUGGCUGAUAUAGAAUAUCAUUUAGGAGAAGGUGCGGAUGAACAAAUACAACUUGGAUCUCUUAUUGGAUCUUUCAAAUUAUCACUCCCCUUAGUUUAGUUUUUAUUAUAUUAUAUAUUAUAUUAUAUAUAUUUUUUUGGUAAUGAAAGAAUCUAUUGAUUUUUACCCUUUUUUGAAUAAAAACAAAAGGAUUAGAUUGUGGGAAAUCUC